AUGGAUCGAGAGGUCAUGGAUAUGGUAGAGCAUGCCGGGACGGGAGCUCCAGCCUCAGUGAGACUCAUCGGGCCCGAAGGCCUCGUAGCGUUGCUGGAGGGUGGACUGGACCGAGUGCUUCUGAUCGACAGCAGACCCUUUGUGGAUUAUAACACCUCCCACAUCCUAGAGGCGGUUAACGUCAACUGCUCCAAGCUGAUGAAGAGGAGGCUGCAGCAGGACAAGGUGCAGAUCGCAGAGCUUCUGCAGCAUUCGGCAAAAAAGAAGUUGGAACUGCAGAAUCAGGAAGUGGUGGUCUACGACCAGAGCUCUUCCAACCCUUCCUCCCUGUCAUCAGAAGCCUUCCUCAGCGUCCUAUUGGCCAAACUGGAGAGGAGUUUCCCGUCCGUCCACCUGCUCUCAGGUGGGUUUGUGGAGUUCUCAAACCUCUUCCCGGGUCUGUGUGAGGGAAAGUGUAUGCUGGUGCCCUCCUGUAUCUCACAGCCAUGUCUUCCGCUCAACAGCAGCGGUCCUACACGCAUCCUGCCUCAUCUGUAUCUGGGCUGUCAGAGAGACGUCCUCAAUAGGGAUCUGAUGCAGCAGAACGACAUAGCGUAUGUCCUCAAUGCCAGUAACACCUGUCCCAAACCUGACUUCAUUCCCGAGUCGCAUUUCCUUCGUGUUCCUGUCAACGAUAGCUUUUGUGAGAAGAUCCUGCCAUGGCUGGACAAAUCUGUGGAGUUCAUAGAAAAGGCGAAAGCGUGUAAUGCCAGAGUUCUAGUACAUUGCCUGGCUGGAAUUUCCCGAUCGGCCACCAUUGCCAUCGCCUACAUCAUGAAGAGGAUGGACAUGUCCUUAGAUGAGGCAUACAGGUUUGUGAAGGAGAAGAGGCCGACCAUCUCGCCCAACUUUAACUUCCUGGGCCAACUACUGGAUUUUGAGAAGAAAAUCAAGAGCCCUAGCGAAAUGGCAGCUAAGGGUAAAACAGUGCAUGCGGAACCGGCCUUCAAGCCGAACCCUGGCCAAGAGAAUGAGUUUUGCGUCCCGUGCUCGUCCGGGGUAGAGAGAUCUGCCCUGACUCCACUAGAGCCUCUGACUCUGCCCUGUGUACUGGCUGGUGUUCCUGAGGAGCAGCUUCUGGCUCAGGCUCUGUGCAGUCUGCAGCUGAGUGAAGAAAUGGAGGAGAGCAUGCGCUUGAAACGCUCCUUCUCCCUAGACAUCAAGUCGUACGGAGAGCCGAGCGUCGGCGCUCCUUUACGCACAUUUGGCAGCGGAGAUAAUCCAGACUACUACAAACCAUCCACUUUUAAAGAUCCCUCGGUUAAGCCUUGCCAGUUCUCCCCUGUGGAGGAGGUUUCAGAGCAGUCGACUCCCGAACAGAGUCCGGACAAGGAGCAAGCCGAAGGUCCCUCAACUAGCAGUAACAAGUCCGUAAACUCCGCCAAAUCCAGUCACUCCAGCAACCCCAACCAAUCCACUAAGCCCCAGUCUACAUCCUUGAAACCCCCUCCACCACCUGCCUGCCCCCAGCCACUGCAGAGGAGCGGUAGUAUGGAGGAAACUGCAAGUGCUGCCAGCUUUCUGCUUGGCCUCUCACGCUCACAGCAGCAGUUGGCCAAAACUGGGUUAGGCGCACUAAAAGGGUGGCACUCUGACAUCCUUCUGGCGCCCGUCACCGGGGGCUGGUACCUCUCAUCUGAAUCAGCUCGCUUCUACUCCACCUCGGCCAUUUUCAGCAGUGGGGGCAGCGGAGGAGCUUCACAGAGCAGUUUCACAGCGACGUACAGCUGCAGUCAGGGGUUGGAGGCAGUAAGGAGACGCAGCAGACAGAGGAGCAGUGAAGGUGGAGACUCGCGCCGUAGCUGGCACGAAGAGAGCAGCUUCGAGAAGCAACUAAAGCGGCGUAGCUGCCAGAUGGAAUUUGGCGAUGGCAUGACCGAGAGCCGCUCCAGAGAUGACCUGGGGAAAGUAGGCAGCCAGUCUAGCUUCUCUGGGAGCAUGGAGGUCAUCGAGGUGUCCUGAAAGAAAAAAAAUUGAAUGUUAAACUGACAAUUAAUUGACUUUUUGUAAGAAGGAUUUUGUGGAUUAUUUCUCAGCACAAAAUUUUUAUCAUAGGCUUUUCCCCACUGACCAAGAAUAUUUUUGUAUUCGUCUAGCUGAAUCUUGCAGGUAAUAAUGUUCACUGAACGCAGCUCCCUUUCGUCGGUCGUCCGAGAGUGGACACGAACACUUUCAGUUGAUCAUGAUAUAGAUAUAUAUAUAUGUUUGUUUAUAUUUUAGUUUUGUUUUAGCUGAGCCUGUUUAUCUUUGUCUUUGGAUCAGUAUUGAUUAUUUACCAUUUUCCAAUGAUGUGAUCGAUCCAAUAUGUUCGUCUGACUCCAGUACUGAAUCUUGAGCCUGAAACCGAAGCACGAAUGAAGCUGAAACGGAGUGAAGAUUUUUCUGCAUGCUCUGACAAAGGGUGGCUACGUAGCGACUAUACAGUACCUCACAAAUCCAAAUUAAGGGCUUUGCUCUCUCUCUCUUUCUUUCUUUCUCUCUAUCUCUUUCUCUCGCUUUUAUUUUUGCCUUUAUUCAUAUGUGUAGCUUUUAAUAGUUAAAAUCUCAGGUCUUAUAUCGAGCAGCAGGAAAAGACAUUUAUUUAAAAAAAAAAAAAAAAAAAAAGUCCCUUCAAGCGUUAAAAUUUAAACGACUGUAACGAGAUUUUUUUUUUUCUCAUAUGUCGGAUGAUCCACGAUUAAAAGUGUUCGUUAGCCGAAUGACGUGUGGGACUGAAGUUUAGAUGAAAAUCAGGUAUUAGAGGUAGAGUGGAGCUGGAAAGGCCAGCCGUUAUGGCUUGCUGUGUAAAUGGUGGGUUGUUUAAGCAAGUGCUGGGGAAGAGGAAGUCUUGUUUAAAAGGUGCAACUCGAUCUUGCUUGAGAUCUCAGUGGAUUAUCUUUUCGAUGGAAAAUAAAAACCUUUUUCAAGUCAAAGCUAAUCUGCGCUGGAAAACAUCACACCACGUCGGUCGCGUAAUGAUCGGAAAUCACGAAACGGUUGUCGCUUGGCAUCAUGUUUAUGGCAUCGUUCUCAGUCUGUUACACUGCAGAAGUUUGCUAUGACAGAGAGCCAAAGCCACAGAUUUUUGUACCGUCAAUUCAAUUAUUAACACAAAGCACAUGAAUUCAGAAAAAGACUCCAACACGCAAUCAUCAUGGGCUGUAAAUUCAUCUGUGAUUCUGGUUUAGCAUUAAAAUAUACAGCACGAGCUCCUCCUAUAACCAAUAAACAAGAUUCACUAGAAACACUGUGGACACGAAUGUGAUUAACGUCUUCUAUCGGGAAAAUGUUCAAUCUGAUUAAAUUAAUUUUGAAUAUAUUUAAAUCUACACCAGUGUAAAAGAAUCUCUCAGAUCACACACUGCACGUGAUCCGGCCUCAGUCCUACUUUCGAUUAAACGCCGCAUUGUGUGUUUGUGGGUCAUGCAGUUAGUUGGAACAUCUGCUUAUCACAUGCACCUUAAACUCUAGUACCUUUUAGUGGGGUUGGGUCAUAUGUUUAGUUUUCACAAAGCAUCAUUACAACAUGUUCCUGGUUAAACGGAUGGGUGAAGGUCCCAUUGAACACCGAUUAUUCUACCAGUUAAGAUCAGAUGCUUUUACAAAACUAGUGUACAGAAAAGUAUGUGCAGAACUGACUAUCACACAUUAUACAUUAUACGUGGUUCUGUUCUAAACUGUUGGCACAAAGCCUGAAGCACACAUAUGUCAUGAACUGGAGUGUCCUGCACAGAGCCCUGACUCUGACUCAACCCCACUGAACACCUUUGGGAUGAACUGGAACACUGACUGAACCCCAGACCUCCUCACUCUUACACCAUCAGUGUCUGAUCUCACUAAUGUCCCUGUAGCUGAAUGAUCACUAAUCCCCACAGACACACUCCAACAUCAGUGUCUGAUCUCACUAAUGCUCCUGUAGCUGAAUGAUCACUAAUCCCCACAGACACACUCCAACAUCAGUGUCUGAUCUCACUAAUGCUCCUGUAGCUGAAUGAUCACUAAUCCCCACAGACACACUCCAACAUCAGUGUCUGAUCUCACUAAUGCUCCUGUAGCUGAAUGAUCACUAAUCCCCACAGACACACUCCGACAUCAGUGUCUGAUCUCACUAAUGCUCCUGUAGCUGAAUGAUCACUAAUCCCCACAGCCAUGUUUCAACAACAGUGAUGGUCAGUGAUGUCAUACUUUUAGCUGUAUAGUGUGUUUUGCUCAAACAUUAGUUUGACUCUAAGACAUCAUCAUCAUCAUCAUCACUACUACCAUAAUCCAUGGACCACAGCUGAUUAGAAUAUCUUCCUCAAUUAAACAGAAAUUUGAAUACUUUCCAGUUACAUGUAAUACUGGAUAAUGACGGAUAGCACGAUGAGCCAGGACAUUCUUCAGGUAUUUAAACCUUUUACUGAUCCUGAAUCUCAUCCUGCUCUCACAAACUCCAAAACACGGUCCUGCCUGAUCGUUACCACCCAAACCAGCAUUUCUACCCAGAAAUGUUUCCCAGCAUUGCCAUCUACACACCUCUGUAAAGUCAGUACUGAGCUAACAGCCUCGCAGCUCAGAACGGAUUGGAUGGAUUGUCGUGUUCAUUACUCCUGAUGGUGUGAUAUUUUCCCAUGACACACAAAGCAGUGGCUUAUUCAAAUUCCAAUGCGUCCCUAAAACUGUGAAGAUGAUACUUCUGUAAAUAAGUGCGUUCUUAGACAACAAUCAGUGAUAAAUAAUGUUUAUAAUGCUCCAGGAUCAGCAGGUUUGAACUAUUCAGCCACUUUAACCAGGAGAAGUGUUUGACCUUCUACAGCAUCUUAAAAAAAAAAAAGACUUAACGUCAUAUUCAAGAUGUACAGCGUAAGAGUCUCAAAGCCAGGCCAAAUGAAAUUUCCUGUAGGGAAAUCUUUGUGGCCAAAUGACAGUAUAUAAUGUUUUUUUUCCUAACUGAAUGUGUUCUGAUGGUGCAUACAUGACAGAGAACGGUAGAGAAGAUGCUAGCACAAGCGUGUGACUGGCCUGCGGAGGUUGACUCGGGCCUUGAGAGUAUGAUGUGCCUUUUCCUUUCAGUGUAUGCGGUUUUACUCUGAUGUUGAUGUUGGUGGUUAUUCAGUUGUAUGUUUGACAGUUGAAAUAAAGCUAAACUGGUACUCAA